AUGUCCGCCAUGGAGACGUACCACGGCCACGUGCGCACCCCCAACGAUGCCAUCAUCCUCUUCGAGGCCUGUCGCACCGGCCUGCUGCCGCGCGUGCAGCGCCGCCUGAGUGAAAAGGAACGUCAGCAGAUCAAGUCGGGCUCGGUCUUCGUUUGGGAUGAGAGAGAAGCCGGAAUGCGACGCUGGACAGACGGAAAGUCGUGGAGCGCGUCGAGGGUGUCGGGGAGCUUUUUAACAUAUCGCGAGAUGGAGGGCAAGCGCGGGGGCAACGGCUUUCCCGCAAAGAAGUCCAGCAGCAAGUCCGACAACGGCUCCAAGGACGGCUCCGACGAGGACGGGCCCGACGGAUACCGCUACAAGCCCGACGGUCUGAUGAAGCAGUCGUUCAGCAUCACCACCUCCCAAGGCCAGCACCUGCACCUGAUCAGCUACUAUGCGCGCUCGAGUCCUACCGCCAACGUGCUCAUGCAGCCUUCGCAAGAUCCAACGCUUCGUCACAUCCGCCCCCAGAAGGGCAUGUACCCCGAAUCAUCUGUCAACGAGCAAUCCAAUGUCCCCGCCGUGACACGAGGACCCAUGCCUGGCUCGCCAUACACCACCGCACCGCAUGUCGGCUCUCCGUACACAAGAGCGGGCGCGCCUCUUCCUCCCUACGCCAUUCAACUGCCCCCCGGCACCUGGCCGCCCACUCCCCAAGGAACUCCGCCUUACUCUCCCUACGCUUACGGCGCGCCAGCUGGCUACAUUGCGCACUCACCCCACGGCUACCACCACUACCCGGCGCACCCAGGUUAUCCCGCCGGCACUGUCUUUGACAGGCCCCCUCCCGGCCUUCCUCCGCCACCUCCGAUCGCAAACGGCCACCCCUACGCGCACCACCAGCUCGCUCCGGCGGCUCACCACCCUCCCAAUGUCUCUCCGCGCGUGCAGCAAGCAGCCCACGUUGGGCCUCCUUCGGCAGCUCCUGGACUCCCCCCUCACCCGUAUGCGCACGUCGAGCCCCCGCAGCACCGGCCAUCUCUUCCCGCUCCCACGACUUCUGGUCCCGAACUCCCGCCUGUCAACAACUCGGCUGCUCCGGCAACGAAUGGCGUCACGGCUACCCCGCAACAGCCGACGACCAACGGCCAAGCCGAUCCUCCGCGACCCACUUCGACCGAGGCGCAGCCGCAGUCAGCUGCUCCUGAGACGAAUGGCAGUGCACCGGCCCCAGCCAAGACAUUCCCAAGCAUUCACGCGCUUGUCAAUGGCACGGCUGAUGCGCCGGAGAACAAGAGUGACGCAAGUGCAACCAGCCGUCACGGAAGUCGCAGCCCUAACAGCGCACUGCAGCACGUCAAGGAUCGGAAUUCCGGGUACGGCGAGGACUCGAAAGCCCUAAGGAGUCUUGACAAGGCUUUCAUGGUCAGAUGA